AUGGUCCUCCCGAGGGACUCUGCUAGCACUACUACAAAUUCGCCGGUAAAACUUACAGGAUCUCGUGAUUCCCGUAGGUCUACAAUUAAUCCCAACGCCGCGCGGACCCAAACCAAUGGCCAGACUGAUCCUGUCGCAACUGAUGCAAUGGAACCCGCUAUUCUUGUACCUAAGUCACAGCUUGACCUGCUCACUAGUCAAAUAGUGAAUCUUGCUACAACUAUUGCUGAAAAGCAACAACAGCAGCAGCAGCAGCAGACUGUGGCAAACUCCAAGACUAAUCCCGCGGGCCGACGACAAAACACAGCUAGUCCUAGUCGUAGUGCCAAUUCUUCCACCAGCAAUAAUAACAAUAACCGUGCUAGAUCCUCAAGCUUUAAUCCAAACUCAAAUUCUUCUGGAUAUAGUAAUCGUUACAAUAACAAUCGCAAUGAUUCUUUUGCCAGCAAUCAUCAUCACCAUCAUCAUAAUAACUACAAUAACAACAACAAGCACACUCUUGUUCCCAGAGAAGACAUUGAAGAGCUCAUGAAGAGUCUUCCAAAGUACUCAGGCCAUGUUUCGGAAUCUUUUUCCUGGUGGUCUUCUCAAAUUGACUCUUUUAUCAAGACAUUUAAUCUUCGCAAUUCUGACAUUGAGUACUUUAUUCCCAGGCUUUUGUCUUCCCGAGCCUUUGAUCUAUAUAAAUCUAUUCAAAGAGCUAACCAGCAGGAGCAACAGGAAAAGAAUAAUACCUUGGACACUGAGCAGCAACAGCAACAGCAACAGCAACAGCAACAGCAACAGCAACAGCAACAGCAACAGCAACAGCAACAGCAACAGUCAGUACCUCAAAGAAAGCGCUACUAUCCAGUUCUUUGGAACACUGUUAAGCGCGAGCUUUAUAAGCUAGAUAACCCUGUUGCCCGCACCCUGUACCUCCACAAUCGCAUGUCACUUUUGCGUCCCACGCUUAUUGACCAGCUUGAGAAAAAUAGGCUUGCGUCCUCAUGCUAUCCUGCCACGUCAACAUCGUCGACACUUUCCACUUCUUCUGAACAGCCUAACUUCACUAUUGAUGGACCUGCCAUUGAAUUGAUCAUUACCCACUUCCGUCUCAUUGAAACUCAAAUGGAAUCACCUGCACCUUUGGCUGAGCGUCUUGUGUUGCUCUUCCAGGUCCUCCCAGAGUGUAAACCAUUUGUGCUUGAAAAAAUUAAUACUGUUUAUGGCGAAACAGCCACAAUGCCUUUUAAUACCAUUGACGAGGUCUGCGAUUUUAUUCUUAUUUAUAAAGAUGAAGUGGUCAAGAAGCAUUUGCAACAACAGACUUUUAAUAACAAUAACGACAAUAAUAAUAACAAUUCUAAUCAUCGCCAUCAUCAUCACCAUCACCAUAACAACUCUGCAUUCCCAAAGAUUAAACGCGGCGGUUCCACUUGGAAUAAUGAUAAUGAUCCCGACUCUGAUCCUGGACUUGGUAUCAAGUCGCGUAAAUACGUGCCAUCCGGCGGUAACUACAAUGACUACAACGCUGAUUCCGAUACAUCACACUAUCGCAGCAAGCAAACUCGUGUCUACAGUAACCCCAAAAUUGGCUCCAUAAGUGAUUAUGGCGCUGCAGACUCUGAUUCUGGAGCUGUGGCCCACAAUAAGCUCCGCCGCAGUAGCACAAAAGGCAAUAGCGGUGGUACUGUUUCCGGAGGUAGUCCUACCGAGGAGUUUGGUUCUGGGGCCGGUCCAACUGGAGCCUCAACCAAUGUGCCGCACCUUGCCCUGAGCAGUUGCUCAGAGGACGAUGGUGCUAGCCCAGAAGCAGACACUGGGCUGGGCUCAGUGUCUGCUGGAGGCGCACCUGCGAUUUGUAACUACUGUGGGCGUGCAGGCCACAAAGCCAACAAGUGCUUUAAGCGCAAGCGCGUGCGCCAGCGUGAGAAGUCCAAACAGGGUGAUGGCGAAGCUGAUGGCGAAGGUGAAGGAGAUGGAGAUAGAGAUGGCGAUGGAGACGUUGAUGGCGAUGGCGAUGGCGAUGGCGAUGGCGAUGGCGAUGGCGAUGGCGAUGGCGAUGGCGAUGGCGAUGGCGAUGGCGAUGGCGAUGGCGAUGGCGAUGGCGAUGGCGAUGGCGAUGGCGAUGGCGAUGGCGAUGGCGAUGGCGAUGGCGAUGGCUUUGGCGACGUUGAUGGGGACAGUGAUGUUUGUGUGAGCGGUUUCGGAGUAUCUGAGGUAACAACUGGUUCUACAGGCAUUUCGGGCCAGGCUCCAAACGGUGGAAGCGACGGUGAUACGUUGCAGAAGCUCCGCUCUGGACCUAAAGAUGAUUCUUGUACAUCUUCUACAGCUAGCACACCUCUUCAUGGAUCUCCAGCUUUGGCUCCAAACUAA